AUGUUCGAGUUUAAUGAUAGCGCCAUCGAAUAUGGCCGGCAGGAUAUCGAAGGAUUACCUGCUUCAGUCAAAGCAUAUUGCUACAGCGGUAUGGACGAUUUCUGUCGGAUAAUCUCAUUUGAGUGUGAUCGUCUCUAUGGUUCUUUCCGCGUGGGACAAAAGGCAAGUUUGGGGGUAAGUGGUGCAAGUUGGGAAGGACGGAAAGACCAUUCCAUCACGCUGCCACAGAUGGAAGGCACCAUUCAAUUAGGCUCGGCACAAAAGCCAAUUCCCAUUCGCAAUUCCCACCGCGGUAGGCUUGCAGAUAACCGUACUCGUCAGAGUAUCCCUCGUAACAGAGACAACACUAAGAAUACGCCAGACGAAGAAUAUAGCCCCGAGAAAGAAGACCACAGCGAACACCUUAUCUUCUUUAUUGAACCUACGACUUUCGAGCACGACUUCAUCAACUCGGAUUCUCCUGUUCGUACCAAUACAUUCUUCAAUCCGAAAUCAAAAAUCCUUAUCAUCAAAAUGGCCGGCCCGGCGCACGAACAAGCCGCAGAGGCUUUCAACGACAUGCUUAAAGAGGCCUUUCGGCCAAUGGGCCUGCAUAAAGCAAUUCAGUCAUGGGGAAGAACAACGAUGCUUGCCAAAGAUGGCACAAGGAAGGUGGCAGACGGGGGGUGGGGUCCACAAAGACCCCUGCGCAACGCUCCUAAGAGACCCACAGUUCUGUUGGAGGUCGCCAAUUCGGAGACUUACGCCAAGCUCCGCCGUGAUGCUCAGUACUGGAUAGAUCCAGAAAAACAGGAGGCCAAUGUGGCUAUUGGAGUUAAUCUCCAUACAAAAAGGCCCGAGAUCACGAUCGACCAGUGGGAAUGGAGCUCCCAAACCUCCCGCCCUAUCAACAGAACCCACUUCACCAUCAAAAGAAAAUCUGAUGGUGCAGUUUACUUUGAUCCCCAUAAUCCUCCAGCUCAGCUCGUGAUCCCUUUUAAAUCUUUUUUUCGACGCCCCGCACAAAUCAACAAAGAACGUGAUAUAGUCAUUGGGACACAAGAACUAGUUGAGUUCGCAUCCAUGGUGUGGGAGGUGCAAUUCGAACAAGAUCAAGAAUGA